AUGGUGGCGAUUCUAGCGUUUAAUUUGGGUGGGGGGAAGAAGACGAAUAAUAAUAUAAAUGGGCCGGAAAGUAAAAUUGUUUCUUUUGUGGGCUUCCUUUUCGUCAAAAAACAGCAGCGGCAGCUGAACAAGGAAGAGGAAAAGAUCUGGUUGUUUUUCGAUGGCUCAAAACGGAUCUUGAAGGAGCUGAAGGAUCUACAGAAAGAUCCUCCUACUUCCUGCAGCGCAGGACCUGUAGGCGAGGACAUGUUUCACUGGCAAGCAACGAUAAUGGGCCCACAAGAUAGUCCUUACGCCGGCGGAGUUUUUCUAGUCACCAUUCAUUUCCCUCCGGAUUACCCAUUCAAACCCCCGAAGGUGGCAUUCCGGACGAAAGUUUUCCACCCGAAUAUUAACAGCAACGGUAGCAUUUGCCUCGACAUCUUAAAGGAGCAGUGGAGCCCUGCCUUGACAAUUUCCAAGGUGUUGCUAUCAAUUUGUUCGCUUUUGACUGAUCCAAAUCCGGACGACCCGUUGGUGCCGGAAAUAGCACACAUGUACAAAACGGACAGAUCAAAGUACGAGCAAACCGCUCGAAGCUGGACCCAAAAGUACGCAAUGGGUUAGUGCCACGUGGCGAAAGAUUGCAUGCAGUGUAAAAAAAUUCAUGUGGUGCUGUCUGUUAUUUGUGUUCUUGUGUAAGAAGAGGAGCUUUUUAAAACUGAUGUUGGCAAUUAUGGGUUCUAUUAUAAUUUUAUGCUUGUGACUUAAUAUUUAUAUUUAUAUUUGGUUUCUAAUAAUAAUUAUUAUUUAAU